AUGAACAUUAAUAUGAAGAUGCUUGAUCUACUUGAAGCCAUCACCUGGGGCCGGUGUGUUCCUGCUUUCAUCAUCACGAUAAUUUCGAUAUUAUAUUGGUAUCUCCGGAUUCCAGGCGAUAUGCCCAAAAACAUCCCAACUGUGCCAAUAUACAUCUCACUCAUCGGCCUGUGGAGUGAUAUGGGACAAGAUGCCAUUUUUGACCGGUGGCUCCGUGAGCCACUAGAAAAAUACGGCGCCGUUAAGAUCUGGUUUGCGGGUCGAUGGAACAUACUCGCUACACGACCGCAGCUUCUAGUAGAUAUGUUCCGUCACGAAGAUAUCUACGCCAAAGCUGGUAGCCAGAAGAAGAUUCCCUGGAGUGUCAUUGCUGCUCUAGUUGGGGAUAAUAUCAUCAAUGCACACGGUCACAACUGGCGGCUCUUUACGUCUAUUAUGAAGCCAGGAUUACAGAGGCGCAUCACGGACUCAUCACUCCUUAUUCAAAAAUCUCGUUUGUUUGUGGAUAUCAUCCUGGGUGAACAGAUUAAGUUGGGGCCUGAGAAAGGAAUAACAGUCAAUCCAAUUAUUCAAAGAUGGGCACUCAGCUGUAUGGGGGUCAGCUUUAUGGGUGUUGACCUUGAGACAUUAGAGAAACCUGGUCAGCGUAUCGAAGAGCUGCAAACCAUCAUAAAGAAGACAUUGUUCAGCCCCUUGUUCUUUAACUUUCCGGACCUCGACCGAUUUCCGAAGAUAUUCACGCAGCGAAAGGUUGCCUUUGGGAUCAUGCAGGAGUUUGGGGACCUGCUCGUGGAAACUGUUCGGAAAAGACCCCAAGCCCUUCAAAGUCCCGAUAGCACAGAACAGGUAGUUGACGGCCUAGAUCGUGCUUUGAAAGAAGGGAAAAUCACAGAAGUCCAAUACUGCAACAACUUGAAAGUGACUUUUCUCACGGCUCACGAAAAUGCACAGCAACUUCUAAAUUCUGCACUUUGGGAACUUGGUAAAAAUCAAGCUGUGCAACAGAAACUCCGUGCUGAAAUCCUUGCAAUGAAAACAGCAAACCCAUCUACCGAUGAAGUAAACUCUAUGCCCUACCUUUUAACCGUUGUUUUGGAGCUUCUACGCCUAUAUCCUCCGGUUUCACAGCUCAUCAACCGUGUAACAACUCAAAAGUCAAUAUUAGGAGGAAAGGUUCCAAUCCCGAAUCAUACCUGGGUAGGAUGGAACGCAUUUGGUGUUCAUACAGACACAAACAUCUGGGGACCUAAUGCUCGUGAAUUCAUUCCAGAACGAUGGGGAAACGAUGUGAAGAUAAUUCAGAGCCAGCUUCGCCUCAAGACGACGCAGUGUCAGUUCAUUGCCUUCAACGCACACUCUAGAAAAUGCUUAGGACAAGGGUUUGCGGUACUACAGAUGAAACUUUUAUUAUUUGAGAUGACGCGACGGAUGGAAUGGACAGUUGACCCGUCAUAUCAAUUGAAGUUGACAUCGGGUGGAAUCCUUGCUCCCUUGAUGCUCCGGGUGAUCGUACAACCUACCAGCAUA